GUUUUAUCUAAGAGCGGCAAAAAGUCUGCUUUCUCGACCCUCGCUACUGGCGGUGCUGUAGUUGGUUCCGGUUCGUCACUCGGUGCAGUGUGGUCGUUUAGUUCCGUUGCCAAAAAUCGCGAAGAUGGUCCGUUUGGGCAAGAUCUAUCCCAUCAAAAUUCCGAAGGAGGUGGCCAUUCGGAAUGGGAAGCUGUCCUUGUUCCAGCUUGGCGUGCAGGUUCUAGUCGUGUCCCUGUUGUUGUGGCAGUUCAUCAAGGAACGAAUGUACUACGUGGUGCAGAUUCCGCAGGGCUUUCCCAACGCAUGGGUAGGCGGCUCGGGUAACGCGGAUGCCUCUGCGGUGAGCGCGGACUACAGUUCGGACAUCUGCCGCGACAACCAGUCCUUUCUGUACAAGUACUCCGCGGGCUGGACCCACGGGGCCUACCAGUGCCUGCAGACCCCCAAAGCGGAGGCCGGGUUCAAGAUCGGCAAGCGCGAGAUCUACUUUCCCACCUACUUCCGUGAAACCAUCGUGGAGACGGAAUCUGGGAGCACCUGCAGCUCCGCGUCGUUUUGCACGAGCUCUGUCAGCUGCAGCCACAACAGUCUCUCGCAGGCGCCGUUAUACAACUUCGGCCAGAAGUGCUUCGAGGAUGCGACCGAAAACAAUGUCCCGGCGUGGAACGGCCCAGCUGGCUCGCAGUCCCCGUCGCACGCUCACCAGAACGUCCGGAAGUGUUCGUGUAACCAACAGUCGCACUACCUCGUCGCGGGUGUAUCGUCCAGGAAAAUGACAUUUGAGCACAUCUUCAAGGUAAGUACAGAAAUUGGAAUGUUCAUUUUACGUGGGCAAAUGCGAACGAGAUCAUGCAGAAGCGCAAGCGUCUGUGAUGCAUGAGAAGCAUGGACGCCAGCAUUGCAUUUUCAUUACAGUGCUCCGCAAGAAAUCAAUGGAACAACGUGAACAUCGAAUGCUGCAAAAGCAUAUCAAAGUUACAGCACAGGCAGAGCAAAGCACCAAAUAAAAACCUUCAGGUUACCGCCGCGGACACGGAGGUUUCUGGUUCCUCUGGAACCCCAAAAGCGGUUGCGGACGAGGAUGAGAACAAACUGCCGGUGGUGUCCAUUAUCAUGCGGAAAGACCAGGACGGUGCCUACUCCGAGUACGAUUGCUCCUACAUACAGGUGGGCGGCAAGCCCGGGCAGUGCCGGUUUUCGGAGACCGCGGGCGUCCCGAACCCCCCUACCCUGACGCUGCAAGACUGGGUGGCGGCCGCCAGUAACGGGGACAUCGACCUGCAAAACGCGGACGCACGCAACCCGUCCAUCGCCAGCAACCAGGCGGGCUCGGGCUAUGACGCGCGGGCCCCCUACCGGCUCACGGGAGUGGAAGUAGUGGUAUCGAUCGAAUACGUGGGGCCGGCCUUCCACAACCGCAUUCCGGAUGACGUGGACUUGUCCGGCUUCGGCAAUCACAUGGUCGCGCUCAUCAAGGUCAGCGUGAAUCAGGCGAUGUGGACGGGGCUCCCGCACCUGGCGUACCAGAAGCCCACGACGUCGUACUUCGGCGACAUCAGCAACUUCAACAAGGGCAAGUUUCGCGAGCGCUACUACUACGGAAUUCGGUUUCUGUUCACCACCUCCACUUCCUCCGCCUACGGGGCGUUUUCCUGGACCGAUUUCCUGACCGGUAUGGCCGUGUUCAAGGUGUACUUCGGUGCCGCGGGGGCCAUCGUGGUGCUGUUCGCUUUGACCGCACUCGGCCGGCUGUCCCUGCAGUACAAGCGAGCGACGCUGACGCCCCUGGACCUCGAGUACGAGGCGACGCGGGUCGCCCCGGCGCGGAUCCUGGUAGCGGUGUCGGCGUUCCACGGUAUGUGCAAGAUUCUGGAGGACGAAAGCCCCAAACUGCUACUCACGGACGAAAAGGGAAACCGGGUGAUCCACGCGAAAUCGGUGAACGCCGAUGUGCUGAACAAGUGCUUUGGCAAGGUGUUUGGGUCGGGCAAGAUCCAACUCGGCUCCGGGGGCAUCGAGGCCUUGAGCGAGGCGGUGCUGGCCACGCUGGGCGACGAGCACAGUCUGGACGUCGAAAAGUUCGUCAACGCCUAUCUUGCCUGCGAUUGCUUGGACCUCACGGAGAUGCAGCAGGUUUUCGACGAGGAAAGGCAAGUGGGCCGACUGGAGCAGUUUUUCGCCUCGCCCCUGGAGCUCCCGUUCGCGUGCGAAAACCUGAUGAACCGGAGGGGCAAUAAGGAGAUUGACGGGUCCAGCCAGGAAGCGUCGCCGCGACAGGCCGGCCAGAUCCAGAUGCAGCAGCCGUAAAUUGAAUCGAGGCCCGCGGGGGCAACUGCUCAAAAAAUGUUGAUUUCCACGUCUCUCUCUCUCUCUCUCUCUGUUGUACAGUUAAGACGAUGAGGAAAAAACAGAUUUACUUAUAUUUGAAGCGAGGAACGUAUUUGGAAGAAGCAGCCAGUUACCGUUCCCACGUGUAGCUGGUUUCUUGAUGCACAGUAAAACUACUACGGUAAAAACACCAUCAGAAUUAUCUUCCCUUGAGACCAGCAGCACUGUCUCUGCUAAAGAGCAGUAGAUGGUACUUUUUUUUUAUACAACUACUUUUCUUCCCCCUUUUUUUGCUGAAUAGUUAGCCUCCUCACGUAUGCGAUAGCACAUGGUCUGUCGGAUGGUCUUUUUUCGAAGGCGCAUCGCCAGCAUUAAUGUACGAUUUGGCUUUUCAUCAGACAAUUUUCUCUGACCACACAUGUUGAAGAGUUACACUUACACAGCACAACAUAGGAUGAUGCGAUCAGAUACAGACUAGGACUAGCAUGAACUGUGCAUGAACUAGCAUGAUAGGCUAGAGGCUGUAUUUCUCUCGCUCUGGAGCUUGACGCCUACGCACCUCGACUAUGAAAUUUUUGCGGAACAACUCCCAUUUUUCCAAGAGCAAAUUUAUGCCCAGCAUAAAUACACGAGUUUGUGUCGGAUUCUAAACAGACACGCGGCAGCGACCUCUCUCUUCUUUAGUGCAGCGGAAACCGAAACAA